AUGGAGUUUCUGGUCAAAAGGGGUUGUGAGGCUGCUGAAGCAAAGGAAUGGGACACAUUUAGGGCUAUCUUGGCUCUAAGUAUAUAUGGCAUCGUGUUGUUCUCAGACGUUCCUAAUUUUGUUGACAUGAAUGCAAUUCAUAUGUUCAUCUUGCAGAAUCCGGUUCCUACGCUUUUGGGGGAUGUUUAUCACUCCAUUCAUCACAAGAAUGGUCAAAAGGGAGGUAAGGGAGGUCUGGUUAGAUUCUGUGCUCCGUUGUUAUACCGAUGGUUCAGGUCACAUCUGCCUGAGCGUGGAGCUUUCGUUGAUAGUAGGCACACAUCUAAAUGGGCUGAAAGGAUUAUGGGGAUGAGGGCUAAAGAUAUUGUCUGGUACAAUAGCGCUUUAGAUGACAAGGAAGUUAUUAUGAGUUGCGGAAAGUUCAAAAAUGUACCUCUCAUGGGUCUUAGGGGCGGAAUCAACUAUAACCCCGUCUUGGCCAGAAGAACGUUUGGAUAUGCUUUUAUCAGUCCACCUGAGCAAACAGAGAUAGCUGAGAACAUUUUCUAUCAUGUGGUCACCGACAAUGGGCAGAUGGCAGAAGCUGUACAAGCCUGGAAGAGUAUUUGUUGGAGAGAUAAGAAACAUUUUGGUCAGCGAGAUUGUGCUACUUAUGAGGAUUAUACUAAGUGGGUCGAGUCUGUGGUUGCUGUUCAAGGGAUGCCUUUUCCUCCUAAGGACCCUUUGUACCCUCCUGCUGAGAGGAAGAUCAAAGAGCAUUAUGAGGAUCAGUUGGCGGAAUUGACAAAGAGGCUCCAAAUCCAGACUGAUAUAGCCAAAUCUGAGAAAGCCCGUCGAAAGAAAGCAGACAAGCUCCUUCUGGAACGUCAGGCAAGGAUUGAGGGGUGUUAUGAAGAGAUUCGCAAGUUGAAGGGUCGAGUGGAGGAAAAGGGGCAGAGUGAUACUCAAGCUCAAGAGGGAGCCAGAGAAUCACCACCAGUCUUGUUGGAUGGGAUUCUUAUUUCCAUUUUCUGUAUUGUUGGCUCAUGA